AUGACACUACAUGCAAUUGUACUGGAUUUAAAACAUCAAGAUGAUAUGAUUGUUACUCCAUUUGCUCAAAUAUUAGCUAGUCUUAAAAAUGUUAGAAAAAAUUUUGUCGAAUUAACAAAAAUACCACCAGAGAGAUCUAAACGUCAAUCUUCCAUGCAAUUGCCAUUAGUUACAAAUAUAAAUUCAAAUAAUUCCUCGACAAAAACUACUACUACACCAGUGACAACGAUACAACAGCAGAAUAAUUCUUCGGUGAUAACACAAGGAGAUGAUCAAAUAAUGAUAUCCGCUAUAUCAACAUUAGAAGAAUUAGACUGGUGUUUAGAUCAGUUAGAAACAAUGCAAACACAUAAGUCUGUUUCAGAUUUAGCAUCAUUAAAAUUUAAGCGAAUGUUAAACAAAGAGUUAUCACAUUUUGCUGAAAAUAAUAAAUCUGGCCCACAAAUAUCAGAAUAUUUAUAUACAACAUAUACAGAUAAAAAAGAACCUGAUGUUGAAUUACCGAAUGCACCGUCAUCGACUGCACAACACGACUCGUUAAUCAAUCAGGUCAUCACCACUUCACAACAACAAGCCCAAAAUAUUACCGCAACCACCACAACAACCGUUUGCUCAUCAUCGUAUCAAGAUAAUGAUUCGUCCAAAAGUGUAAUGAGACAAAUACAAGGUAUUCAAGUUGUCGAGCAAACCACCAAUCUUCUCAAAGUAUCAGAAUUAGGCAUCGAAACUCAGUAUCCUCAAGAAUUAGUCGAUGUUCUAUCUCGUAUUAAUGAUUGGGGUUUAGAUACGUUUAAAGUGGAAGAAUUAAGUGAUCAACGUCCACUAACAGCUAUUACGUAUCGAAUAUUUCAAGAGCGAGAUCUAUGUCGAAUUUAUUCGAUUGAUCAAUCGACGUUACUCAAAUAUUUAUUAAUGCUCGAGGAUCAUUAUCAACAAGUACCAUAUCAUAAUAAAGCACAUGGAGCAGAUGUUUGCCAGUCAAUGCAUGUACUAUUGAAUGCGAGCGCGUUAGACGGUGUGUUUACUGACCUAGAAGUAAUGUCGGCCAUUUUCGCUUCGGCCGUACACGAUGUCGAUCAUCCUGGUGUAACAAAUCAGUUUCUAAUCAAUACGAAUUCGGAUUUGGCUAUUAUGUAUAAUGACGAAUCAGUACUAGAAAAUCAUCAUUUAGCAGUAGCAUUUAAACUACUACAAAGUCAAGAACGGAAUAUAUUUGCAAAUUUAACCACGAAACAAAUGAAAACUCUCAGAAAAAUGGUUAUUGAUAUGGUGCUUGCUACAGAUAUGUCCAAACAUAUGCAAUUACUAGCCGAUUUAAAGACGAUGGUUGAAUCAAAAAAAGUCACCGGAAAUAAUAUUAUCAUGUUAGAAACAUACGAUGAUAGAAUACAAGUAUUACAAAAUAUGAUUCAUUGUGCCGAUCUAUCAAAUCCCACAAAACCACUGGAUAUCUAUAUGAGGUGGAUAGAUCGUAUUAUGGAAGAAUUUUGGCGACAGGGAGAUAAAGAAAGAGAUUUAAGAUUAGAAAUUAGUCCAAUGUGUGAUAGAAGAGUGGCUAGUGUAGAAAAAUCACAAAUUGGUUUUAUUGAGUUUAUUGUUCAUCCAUUAUGGGAAACAUGGGCUGAUCUUGUUUAUCCUGAUGCAAAUAAUAUUCUAGAAACAUUAGAACAAAAUCGUGAUUGGUAUCAGUCACAUAUCGAACCAGAAAAUGGAGCAUUCUCUUCUGGUUCUAUUACACACGAUCCACUACCAAAUACGGACACAAUUCAAGCGGCAAACAUUUCCGCACCAUCUACCGAUCUAACAACAUCAACAACCGAUACAAUUCAAGAGUUGUCAUCGGUCGGUGAUAAUUCUCCAUCUCGUCUAUCGUCUACUAAAUUAACUCCUACAACGCAACAUCGGUCACUAUCAAAGUCUUCUAUAUCCACAAAUGAUCAACAAGGAUUUCAACUAACGGUCACUCCACCACCACCCAGAACAGCAGUUUUACAUUCGACAAAUGAAGCUGAUCUACGGUGA